AUGUCAGAAGCUGAAAGGGUCCCUAAAUCAUCUUGUUCCGACAUUUCGCCUCGCGGCAUACCCGAACUGUACGAGGAAAAAGCUCGGAAUUUGAGAGUGUUCACGUUUUCCGAGCUUAAACGGGGGACUAAUAAUUUUAGCAGGUUGCUUAAGAUUGGUGAGGGUGGUUUUGGGUGUGUUUACAAGGGGAUUGUUAAGCCUGUUGAUGAUGAAAAAGGUGAUCCUUUUGUUGUUGCAGUCAAGAAAUUGAAUAGAGAUGGUUAUCAGGGUCAUAAACAGUGGGUAGCUGAAGUUCAGUUUCUAGGCAUAGUCGAGCACCCGAAUCUUGUCAAGCUAAUCGGGUAUUGUGCUGUGGAUGCCGAAAGGGGUAUACAGAGGCUGCUUGUGUACGAGUAUAUGCCGAACAAAAGCUUGGAGGAUCAUCUUUUUAACAGGGAAUAUCCAGUUUUAUCGUGGGAUUGUCGAUUGCAGAUAGCGCUCGGGGCAGCUCGGGGCCUAGCUUAUCUCCAUGAAGAAUUACAAGUCCAGGUCAUAUACCGGGAUUUCAAGUCGUCCAAUGUGUUGUUGGACGACGAUUACAAGCCGAAGCUCUCAGACUUUGGGCUCGCUCGUGAGGGCCCCACGGCCGGCCGCACCCACGUCUCGACCGCGGUGGUCGGGACGUACGGCUACGCAGCCCCCGACUACAUAGAAACGGGACACCUCACAACCAAAAGCGAUGUGUGGAGCUUUGGUGUGUUCCUUUACGAGAUCCUGACUGGGAGGCGCUCGCUCGAGCGGGCCCGACCGAGGCCCGAGCAAAAGCUACUCGAUUGGGUAAGGAACUACCCGGCCGACAGCCGGAGGUUCAUGUCUAUCAUGGACCCGCGGCUCGAGGGCCGGUACUCGUCGAGCGGAGCCCGCGUGGUAGCCAGGCUAGCCGACAGCUGUCUGGCGAGGAGGUCCCGAGACCGGCCCAAGAUGAGCCAGGUGGUUGAGAUACUCAAGGACAUAGUCCUCUCGCCGGGGGUCGAGAGCCCGACGAGUGAGUACACGGACAACGAACAUGAAAAGAGGGAUGAUAUGCCCCCGGAGACCGUGGGGCCCAUCGAGUCGGCCAGGAGGCGGAUGGCCCACCUUGCCGAGAUAACCGAGCACGCGGGCCUGGUCGGGCGGAAGAGGUUUGUUGUGAUGCAGCAGGGCCAAAGGUGA